UUGAUCUACAUUUAUUCGGCGAAACAUUCUUCUACCACUCAAAUUAGCAGACAGAGACACUGAAAUCGACACCCCGAAAACCUAGUCCGGCCACCAUGGCCGAGCAGGGCACCGCAGGCCCUCUCAUCGUCCCUGAAGCGCCACUGGCCUCUGACAAGACAGGCGAGACCGACAACUGGCUGAAGGAUCGCAUCGUCAACGUCUAUGUCGGGGCGGAAGAGAAGCGUUGGGCCGUCCACGAGAAGCUGCUGUCGAGCAAGUCACUCUACUUUGACCGCGUGUUCAACGGCCGCGGAGACAUCAAGGGCCGCAACGAAUUGCGGAUGCCCACCGCAGACCCUCGUCUGUUUGCACUACUCGUCCGCUGGCUGUAUGGCACUGCCUUUGCGACGUCUGGAGGCACCCGCAUGUUCCGCUUCCCGCUGCCCGACGGUAAAGACAUCACCGUUAGGGACUACCUCGGCCUGUACGUGCUCGGCGGUAAGAUUGACAUCAUCGGGGUGCGUAACGCGGUCAUCAACGCGCUGUACCUGUACUGGGGGGCCGAGACGGACGAGGUGCGGUGCCCGAGCCUGCACGACGUGCAGUACGUGUUCGCGAAUACGGACGCCAAGUCGCACAUGCGGCGGCUAAUCCUAGCGCACGCGCUGUUCUACCUGUUUGGCCGCAAGCGCCGCGGUGACGUGCUGCUCGCCGAGUGGGAGGACGUGCUCAAGGCCAACGGCGAGAUCGGCUGGUCUAUGAUCAGUAUGCUCGCUGACUGGCGUUGGGUGAUGGGAAUUAAUGUCCCGGGUAUGAAGAUUAAGCCGCGACAGGACUUUCACGAGCCACUUGUCGAGGCCACCGCGCCGUCGUCGCAGGGUCAAGAGAGCGGCAUGGUCAAGGGCGAGCCCGAGGAGCAGUAACAGAAUACAGAGGAGAGAAGGACAGAACUGGAGAGGGAAAGGCGAGAGAACGGCCAG